UAUCUCAAACUUGAAAAAAAAACAUCAAUUUUAUAAAAUUUUUAAUUUCUGUCCAUUUCCAUUAUCCUCCUCCCUAAAAUUAUUAUUUAAUUUCACUUGUCCUUUAAACAAAAUAUGUGCUCUAUCAAAUAAAUGUUUACUUACCUAAUAUAAAAUACAAAUUUCCAAAUUUUAUAACCCAAACAAAAAUCAUUCACAAAAAUAAAAAAAAAAAUGUACACAAGAGAAAAAGAAAUUCGCAAAUUGCCAUCAAUUCAGCUAUACGAGUUGGCGCAAAUUCUAGAUCUAAAUGAUUCAUGGAAAAAACUUAUGCGCAUCAUUCCAAAAAACCCAUUCUCAAAUUUACCCCAAGACAUAACAACUUACAAAUAUAAUUUAGAUGAUGAACGUUUGAUUGAGAAAGCUACCAAGAAUCAAAAUCGUAUGGGAGCAGAGAUUCUAUUCGUCGAAUGGGGAACAUCUGGAAGAAGACGUCCAACUUUAGGAGUGUUGCUAGAGUUGUUAGCUAGAGCGCAACUCUUUAGAGCAGCUGAUCUAGUCGCAAUUAAAUACUUAAAUGAACCACCUCCAGCUAGGCCUUCGCAAGGGCCUGCAGCCAAAAUUGACAUCUCUAUUCCACUUGACUCAGAGAUUGUUCAUGAAAUCGAAGAUAUGCUUGCGAAUGGAGACCAUCCUGGAACAGAAACACUCAAUGAUAAUGCCAAUCCUUCGAGAUUGGCUGAUAACAAUAUUGACUAUUACGAAAAGUAUACGCCAAACGAAAAACGUCUAAGCAUUUCAACUCAGAGUAAUGGAAUUCAUAUACCCGGUCCGUCUGGUGUUGCCAACAACGGCGAAAUUCGGCCGCAGAGCCAACAUACGGAUCUUAUGAAAUUUUCAUCUUCAUUGGCCAGUGUUACAGCCUCUCAAGUAGUCAUUCCAAUGCUUUCAGACCUUCUGCCCUCAACUUCUGCUCAAUCCAACUCAAACAACAGCUCCGCCACAAUUGCUGUAGAUCAGCAAACGUCUGUAGAUUUGCCAAUCUUAAGCGCCCUCAAUACUCAAUCAUCCCUUGGUGACAUCAUUCCAAAUUUAUCUGCUCUAAACGUCCAUGAUGUAGCUCAUUUAGAUAACGGUGAUAAGUCUACCACCUUAAAACCACGCCUCGACGAUUUGUCCCCAUCGACACAAUCAUCAACUAGUAUCAGUACUAUUUCAAGUUCGCCUGAUGACGAUGAUAAUGACCUCUCAGCACCAAAUCUGAGCAUCCUGGACCAAAGAAGUUCAAAUAAUGAUUCCAGUCUAACAAAUGUGACUGCAACUAGUGAAGACAAUAGCUUUGAAAUGAGCUUGAAUGAAGGAUCGACAUCUUAUGAUAAUAUUCCAUGUCUAAGCGCCUUAAAGUAAAACGUGCAAUUGAUUUUAAAAAACAAUGCGAAAGUAACCAAAACUACUGAGACUUUUUUUUUUAAAUUCCUUGUAAAAUUGUUAAAAAUUUGUUAAAUAAAUUUAUUAUUUAUAUUUUUGUAAGAAAA